UGCCAGCCUCCCGGCAGCUGGUGGCCGCCUGACGCAAGGGUGUUCCCGUCUCCGGUAGCAGAUGCGAGAUAACCGCGUACGGAGGACCCGUCCCCGCAGCAGCCAUCCAAAAACAGGAAUCACCCGGUGCCCGUUUUCCCAGAUCCCCCACUCGAUUCCCAGGUCUUUGUCCACAGCAGCGGGAGCUAUUUAUUAGACGAAAUUCUGGGGUACGAGCUAAUGUUUGCAUCUCAUCUCACAAGGGCCCCGUCUUUUUUGCACCCAUCUCCCCGAAAUCACACCGAGGUAUAUUGACCUCAUCCAUAACAACAACAACAGCGGUGACACUACGACAAUAAUGGCGGGUACGCAGCCUAAGAGCGAGACCGUUGGCGUCGCCGACAGGAUAGACGAGUUCGAUACUAGUGUCAUUGCGCCAGCCGAGGCACCCAAGAGAUCACCAUGGAAAGCGUGGAUGUACCUUUGGGAAUGGUACCCUAAGCAUUAUCCGCCAGAAGAGAGAAAGCUUCUGAGGAAGAUGGACGCAUGCCUCUUGACUUUCUGCUCGUUCAUGUUCUUCCUGAAAUGGCUCGACUCGUCAAACAUCAAAAACGCCUACGUUUCCGGUAUGAAAGAGGAGCUCGAACUGUAUGGAAACGAGUAUUCGCUCUUCGACACUUUCUACAACGUGGGGUACCUUGUCUUCCAGGUUCCUUCUUUGCUGCUCCUUUCUAGACCGAGAGUCGCAAAGUACUAUCUGCCCACCAUGGAAGUACUCUGGUCGAUUGUGACUUUUUGCCAGAGUCAGAUGCGCAGCAGAAACGAUAUAUACGGUACUCGCUUCUUACUUGGUCUACUCGAAACUCCCGUGGCAUCCGGUACGACGUACGUUUUGGGUUCUUGGUACAGGCCUGAAGAGGUGUUCAAGCGCACUGGAGUCUGGUACGUCUCUAACAAUAUUGCCGUCAUGUUUGGUGGCUACCUACAAGCUGCAGCCUACAAGAAUCUAAACGGGGUCCAUGGCAUGGCUGGGUGGCGCUGGCUAUUCAUCAUAGACGGGGUGAUUUCCCUACCCAUCGCUUUAGCCGGGUACCUGAUUUUCCCCGGUCUUCCAAGUAGUAAGAAGCCAUGGUGGCUCACGCCCAAAGAGCACGAAUUAGCUCGGUCUCGCAUGGUCAACGCAGGUGUGCAGCCCAGCAAAGAGCUAAGCUGGACCGUAGCCAAGCGCACAUUCACACGCUGGGAAUUCUACAUGGGCAUGCUCUGCUAUACCUUUUUCCUAUCUUCGUCCUACCCCCACGGACAAAUGGCCAUCUGGCUUAAAGAUCUCACGGCAAAGCACCCAGGCGCAUACACUGUACCGCAGAUCAACACCAUCCCUACCGGUGCUCAGGGUGUUUCUGUGUUUGCCGCUCUACUCGCAACCUCACUUUGCAUGGUGUACCCGCUCUGGUUCAUUUUCUCCAUUGUCCAAGCCAUUUACAUCAUAGCAAACAUUUCGCUCUUGGUCUGGAACAUACCCAAGGGCUACCACUUUGCCUGCUAUUACCUUCUUGGCGUAUCAGCAGCGAUAACACCCAUACUCAUGCCCUUUAUCAACAUGGCGCUGCGUGAUGAUGCUGAGGCACGUGCAGUGACCGUUGGCGCGAUGCUGACUGCCGGGUGGGCGGUGUUUUCGUUUUAUCCCAUUACGGUAUUUCCGAUUGUCGAUGGUCCGAGGUGGACGAAGGGGUAUGCGGUUAAUAUUUGCUUUAUUGUUGGGUGCUGGGCUACAUUUCUAAUUAUGCAGUAUUUGUAUAAGAUGAGUGAGAAGAGGAAGCAGGCACUUGUGGUUGGGGAGAUUAUGAAGAGUGAUGAGGAUAUGGUGGGGGUGGACGUGUAUGUCAAAGAUGGGGCUGAGGUAGAGCAUGGGGAGUUGAGGAAAUAACGUGGUGGAUUGUUCGAUUAAUGCGAGUUUAGCUUGGUGCUACCUGCGAUUAUCUAAGAUAAUGACGUUGCUGAAUGAAGAUCACGGU